UUGGUCAUUUAAUAUUUAAUAAUUGUCGUCUAGAGAUGAAUCUGUUCAGAAGUAUAACAUAAUUCUAAGGUGAUUUGUAUGAAAAAUGUAUCCCCGGUUCAUCAAGGUAUUCUUGCUGUUCGUCGCCUACGAGAUAGUAUUUCGGAAUCAAGCAUGUGCAGCAUAUCAAAGUUACUUCUUAGAUAAAAAUGGCGAAUACAAAUAUGAAUAUGGAACUGAAAAUGGAAUAUAUGCCAAACAACAAGGAGAUGUUAGAAAUGAAGUUACAGGCCAAUAUGGAACAAGAAAUUAUGGCAUAAAAUAUACAGCUGGAGUUCGAGGAUAUGUUCCGCAUUAUACUUAUUAUAAUAAUUUCUAUAAUCCAGAAGUAACUCAUUCCGUACAGCCAAAUUAUUAUCAUCAAGAUCAGUUCGCAAAUCUCGGCGGCAUAUCUUCACAAUCUGCAGUGUCCGGUCAAUUGGAUUUUGGACUUUACGCUCCUAAUUACUACUUCUACAAAGACAAUACUUUUGAACACUUACCUUUUUACAAAGAAGUACCAUAUGCUUUUGAAUUUGAUACUGGAAAUUAUAAGAGACAAGAAUCCCGUGAUAGUAAUGGAAAUGUACGAGGAUUUUAUUAUUAUCGAGACGAUGCCGGAAUCCACGAUUUGACCUACACUGCUAGUAAAAGAGAUGGUUUCAUAGUUACUGGAGGAAAUUUGGCUGUAAGCUUUAUUCCCACUAUCGGACCAUAUCCGUCCACUACAGGCAGUGUGUCAAACCCUGUAAAACCUUUUGAGAAGGCUAGCACGCCUCAACCUUCUGGAAGCACUGAAGGCGAUGUAGUAUUUCUAGCAGGCGUUACAGAACCUAGUACAGAUAUACAAAAAUAAGAAACAGAGUUAUUUAAGUAUAAUAUCAUAUAUGUACGUAUAUAACUCCUAUAACUUUUUUAUUUUUUUCAGAUAAAAAAACGAGAUUUGGUAUAUUAGUAUAUGACAUAAAUUAGGA